GGUUUUAAAAUUAUUAUAUUUAUGAGAAAAUUAUAAUUGUAAUUAAUUAAUUAAUUAUAAAUAAACUUUACAUUGCUUUCAAUUUCUCAAGCCAAACUACCAAUGUUCUAUUAUUAUUGUAGAUUCAUAACCACAAAUUCUUACAAUUAGCAAAUAAAAGUUUUCUCUGAGUUAUACAGCAUUACUUUUGUUUUGGAAUUUGAUUUGAUUUUGAUGGUUUAAGAUCAAAUCUUUCACAAACAUGUCUGAUAAACAGAAAACGCUCAUAUGCGGUGAUGUGAACGGAAAUUUUAAUGCACUGUUUUCCCGGGUCGAAUCUAUUGUGAAAAAAUCUGGACCCUUCGACAUUCUUCUGUGCGUUGGAAACUUUUUUGGGGAUGAUAACUCACAGCUGGAUGCAUAUAAAAUGCGUACGAGAAAAGUGCCAGUAACCACAUACAUUUUUGGGCCUUCAAAAUCUGAACAUGUACAAUAUUACUGUGAAGAGGGAUCAGAAAUAGUUCCAAAUGUAAUUUACAUGGGUAAGAGAGGAAUCUUUACAACAAGUUCAGAUAUUAAAAUAGCAUAUCUAAGUGGUUUGUCUCGUAGAGAGCUUGGCAAGGAUAUUCCCAUGUGUGUGUUUGAGCCCAGUGACUGUAGUGCUGUUAGAGAUGCAUGUUUUAGAGGACAGAGUGAGUACAGGGGCAUAGAUGUACUUAUAACUACUCUGUGGCCUGCGGGAAUACAACAGGAUGAAACUCAAAAGGUUGAUAUUGAAGAGGACCGGCAGUCAGACUUGUUAGCAUGGCUCUCAAUUCAUUUGAAGCCUAGAUAUCAUUUUGUUCCAUCUGUAAACAAAUAUUAUGAGAGACAACCAUAUAGGAACCAGAGUAUUCAUCAAGAUUACAGAGAAUGUGCUACUAGGUUCAUAGGUCUAGCUCCAGUAGGUAAUAAGGUGAAAGAGAAGUGGAUAUAUGCAUGUUCUUUACAACCAAUCUCAAAAAUGCGCAUGACUGAUUUGCUACAAGCCACUACAGAUGAAACUCCAUGUCCAUAUGACCCGGAACUUUUGAAACAACACCAGCCUGGCAAAGUUGUUAAGUGCACUGGAAAUGGUCAAUUUUUCUUCAAUAUGGAUGCAGCAGAUGAUGAUCAGGGCAAAAGAAAAAGAAAGGGUGGUGAUAAUCCUGAGAGAAAGAAGAAAGAAAUUGAUCCAGAUUCCUGUUGGUUCUGUCUGUCUUCACCUACUGUGGAGAAGCACCUAGUGAUCACUGUGGGUACACAUUGCUACUUAGCAUUAGCAAAGGGUCCCCUUACGCCACACCAUGUGUUAAUUCUACCAAUAGCUCACUAUCAAUCUGUUACGCGGGCACCAGACGAUGUUAUAAACGAAAUAAAUAAAUUCAAAUCCGCUCUGAGGAAAUUCUUUGCGUCAAUAGACAAGGCGGUGGUCUUCUUUGAAAGGAAUUUUUAUACUACACAUAUGCAAAUACAGUGCGUGCCUGUGUCGAGGGCAUGCUCUUCGCAAGUACUCGAAGUGUUUCAGGAUGAAGCAGGUAUAAACAGUAUUCAAAUUGAAGUGUUACCACCGUACACUGAAAUAAGUCAAGUGACGUUGCCUGGCGCGCCGUACUUCCACGCCGAACUACCCUCCGGUGAACAAGUGUAUGCCAAGACAAAACAACACUUCCCAUUACAGUUUGGCAGGGAUGUUUUGUCAAGUACUCCAAUACUAAAUUGCGAAGAUAAAGCAGACUGGCGACUGUGUGAACUUAGCCGGGAGGAGGAGUUGACGUAUGUGGCCAACUUUAGAGAACAGUUCCGCCCUUACGACUUCACAGCCGAAGAAGACAGCGACAGCGAUUAAAGUUACAAUUUUACUGAUGAAAGGUUAACUACAAUUCAACUUUGUUUCUAUUGCGUCUAUGAGAUCAUGAUGUAGAUUUUUUUACAAUAAAAGGUAUUGUGUUUUA